GAAGCUGUAUCCUGGGAGCCGGAAGGUUCGGUCGCUGUGGGCUGGCGGUUCGGCGGCUCCCGGGUCAUGUCGGCCCAGGGGGACUGCGAGUUCCUGGUGCAGCGAGCCCGAGAGCUGGUGCCCCAGGACCUGUGGGCAGCCAAAGCAUGGCUGAUCACGGCCCGCAGCCUCUACCCGGCUGACUUUAACAUCCAGUAUGAGAUGUACACUAUUGAGCGCAAUGCCGAACGGACCGCCACCGCCGGGAGACUGCUGUACGAUAUGUUUGUGAAUUUCCCAGACCAGCCGGUGGUGUGGAGAGAAAUCAGCAUUAUUACAUCAGCAUUAAGAAACGAUUCACAGGAUAAACAAACCCAGUUUUUAAGAAGUUUAUUUGAAACUCUUCCUGGUCGGGUCCAGUGUGAAAUGCUACUGAAGGUCACGGAACAAUGCUUCAACACAUUGGAACGGUCAGAAAUGUUGCUCCUGCUUUUGCGACGCUUCCCCGAAACAGUAGUACAGCAUGGGGUUGGCCUGGGGGAAGCACUGUUAGAGGCUGAGACCAUUGAAGAACAAGAAUCUCCCGUGAACUGCUUUAGAAAAUUAUUUGUUUGUGAUGUCCUUCCUCUGAUAAUUAACAACCAUGAUGUUCGAUUGCCUGCCAAUUUAUUAUAUAAAUAUUUGAACAAAGCAGCUGAGUUUUAUAUCAACUAUGUCACUAGGUCAACUCAGAUAGAAAAUCAGCAUCAAGGUGCCCAAGAUACGUCUGAUUUAAUGUCUCCUAGCAAACGUAACUCUCAGAAGUAUAUAAUAGAAGGGCUGACGGAAAAAUCGUCCCAGAUUGUGGACCCUUGGGAGAGGUUGUUUAAGAUUUUGAAUGUUGUUGGAAUGAGAUGUGAAUGGCAGAUGGAUAAAGGAAGACGAAGCUAUGGUGAUAUGUUACAUAGAAUGAAGGAUCUCUGCAGAUACAUGAACAACUUUGAUAAUGAAGCACAUGCAAAAUACAAAAACCAAGUCGUUUAUUCCACCAUGCUGGUCUUCUUUAAGAAUGCAUUCCAAUAUGUCAACAGCAUACAGCCAUCUCUUUUCCAAGGUCCUAAUGCCCCAAGCCAAGUUCCACUGGUGCUCCUUGAAGAUGUAUCCAAUGUUUAUGGUGAUGUAGAAAUUGAUCGUAAUAAACACAUACAUAAAAAGAGGAAACUAGCCGAGGGAAGAGAGAAAACCAUGCAGAGUUCCGAUGACGAAGAUAGUUCAGCAAAAGGAAGAAAUCGUCACAUUGUAAUCAAUAAAGCAGAACUCACUAACUCCAUCGAAGUGUUAGAAAGCUUUAAAUUGGCCAGGGAGAGCUGGGAGUUGCUCUAUUCCCUGGAAUUCCUUGACAAAGAAUUUACCAGAAUUUGUUUGGCCUGGAAGACAGAUACCUGGCUGUGGUUAAGAAUCUUCCUCACAGACAUGAUCAUCUAUCAGGGUCAGUAUAAAAAGGCGAUAGCCAGCCUGCAUCAUUUAGCAGCUCUUCAGGGAUCCCUUUCUCAGCCACAGAUCACAGGACAGGGGACCUUGGAGCACCAGAGGGCACUCAUCCAGCUGGCAACGUGCCACUUUGCCCUGGGGGAGUACCGACUGACAUGUGAAAAAGUCCUUGACUUGAUGUGCUACAUGGUACUUCCCAUUCAAGACGGAGGCAAAGCACAGGAGGAACCCUCAAAAAUAAAACCCAAAUUUAGAAAAGGUUCGGAUCUGAAGCUCCUGCCUUGUACCAGCAAGGCUAUCAUGCCAUAUUGCCUGCAUUUAAUGUUAGCCUGUUUUAAGCUCAGAGCCUUCACAGACAACAGAGACGAUAUGGCAUUGGGACAUGUCAUCGUAUUGCUUCAGCAAGAGUGGCCACGGGGAGAGAAUCUUUUCUUGAAAGCCGUCAAUAAGAUUUGUCAACAAGGAAAUUUCCAAUAUGAGAAUUUUUUUAAUUACGUUACAAAUAUUGAUAUGCUGGAGGAAUUUGCCUACUUAAGAACUCAGGAAGGUGGGAAAAUUCAUCUGGAGUUACUACCCAACCAAGGAAUGCUAAUCAACCAUUGCAGACCUUUUGGGUGGUCCCUCCAGAUGAGUGGCAGAGAUGUUGUGAGCAGUGUACACUCCUCCCCUAGGCCUUCUAGCCCUCCCAUGGGGUUGCUGCAGCAGGAAUUCUUACCUGUGCUUCAGCCCAGCAUACAGACUGCUGACAGGCACCACACGGUCACUCGAGGCAUCACCAAAGGCGUGAAGGAAGACUUCCGCCUGGCCAUGGAGCGCCAGGUCUCACGCUGCGGGGAGAAUCUGAUGGUGGUCCUGCACAGGUUCUGCAUCAAUGAGAAGAUCUUGCUCCUUCAGACUCUGACCUGACUGAAGACCUCUCUGCCAGACACAACUGGUAGCUGGAAAAUUUGGGGAGAAAACAGACUGAUAAGCACUGCUGUUACAACACUCAAGAAGAAAACCAUCUGAGUUCUAACUCCUGGGUUGCUUAAAAGUAGUUUCUAAGAGUCAGAGACACUAUUCUAUUUUUAAGAGUCAUUUUUUUGUAAUUUUUGUAAAACAAAAGAGUCAACCUGUUUUGUAAAUAAAAAUCAUCCUAAAAUUUGCAGUUUU